ACAUUACCCACAAUUCUUGUAGCAUUCCUGUAACGAAGGAAAAAUUUGCGGAGCUGAGAGGGAGAAUAUUGAUUGGAUCCUGUCGGCCUUGUUCUGUGGCGUGUAAAUGUGCACAAUGCCAACAAAACCAUCUCUAAUCAACUACCAUUAAGAUCACGUGAACUUUGCCACCAAGUAAUAGCCAUGGCAACACAAGCAGCUGUUCAUCAACGCAACCUAGAAAGUGCCAUCCUUUUUAUGCAAACUGAGCAUGCUCAAACUUUGAAAGGGCUUCAUGAAGAGAUUAAAGAUCUGCAAAAAAAAUGUUCAGACUUGACCUUCCAACUCAAUAUGCAAGGGAUAGGGGACGAUUCGCCUGGUGCCCAGAGUGCUCAAAUAGAGGAGUUGAAAAAGGAAAUUCAGAGUCAGGCAAAAGAAAAGGUGGAAUUUUGUCAGGAGCUUCAGAGGAAAGACAAACAGAUUAAACACCUCGAGACUGAUGUCAAGAGAACGAAAAUUAAACACCAGGAAGAGCUUCGUAAACGUAGCGAGUGUGACGACCGCCUCAGGGCUGACCUUGAGGCUAAGUCUAAUCAGGUGGCCUACUUAACCACAGAACUGCAUAAACUCAAGAGAUUACAAUUAGAAAAUGCUUCUAAACAGGCAUACAUCGCCAAUGCUCAUGGCCUAGUGCCAGCUCCUCCAGGACUCCCCAAGGAGAGAAUGUCAGGCAUCAGACGUGGCCAUCGGGCAAUGAGAAAGCAAGAGCACGAGGAAAUCCAGCCAAUCCGUGGGGGAUCAGGUGGUACAUCAAGGUCUGACUCGCCUGUCCUAGAGGCUGCCAGAUCAAUUAUUGAACGAGACGAGGUAGAGCCGGAUAUCCGGGAACACAAACUGCCAACACUUCCUCCCAUAAAAGCUGCCACCAGUGAUCGCCAUGUCAUGUUCCAAAAGGUCGUCCCGCCCUCCCAUCGCAAAAAACACGUGGAAAUCUCACAGGAGGUGCAGGUGAUAGCUGUGGACCACAGGCCCACAAAGGAACAGAAGUGGGCAACACAUGCCCACGAGUCACAAAGUUCUGAAAUGAACUAAAACAUAAAACUUGUCACGUUUGCCAAAUGUUCUUUUACAUGUUGUGUUCUUUUUGUUUAGAUUGUUAUUUUGUGUAUGUCGAGGACUUGGAUACUGAAGAACCAAGUGAGUUUCUUUGUUUAUCAGGAGUAUUAGAAAGAUCAUUUUAAAAAAAGAUGUGUGACAUGUUGUUAUGAUAUACAUGUGCUGAGGACUUCAUCUCUCUAUUGAUCUGAAAUCAUUGUUUUAAUUAUAAAUCAUGUUGUAAAUUUUAGCUAUAUUCUACUUGUUUGGGAUUUCUGUAUUGUUUUUAUGUUUAGCAAAACAUUUUAUUUAAAGGAUAUUGACUUGCGUUUCCCUCCGUCCAGUGUCUGUGAUUGACUAAUGUUUUCUGUGAUAUUUUAAGAUCAUCAUGACAGGUCACAGGUUUUUUUUACUGACUGAAGUUUUGUGCAACAAAUACUUUUACAAAUAGUCAAUAUAUAUGCAUAUCAUGGUUUUGAUGUGUAUAAGUUUUCUAUACAUGUGAUGAUUUGUAAGUGAGCUGUUAUAAAUUUAUCAUGUUUUGUCAUCCAUUCUCUUACACCAAGUUACUUGGUAUUAUCUCAGUUUACUAGUAUUUUAAACUAAGAAAAUUUGCACCAAUGUGUAGUGUUAAUAAACAUUUUUUUUCAGAAA